AUGAGCGAGAAGCUGGGCGUCUACGACGACGACGGCGGCAAGGAGGGCACCGGGUUUGAGACCAGCGUGCAGGAGCCGUAUGGCGUGUACGACAAGAAUGCGCUCGAGUACCGCGACGCGCAGCUUGCGCAGACCGGUGAGGGUGACCACGGCACGAAGCGCGCGCUGUCGCCUCGUGUGUGCUCCAUGAUCGCCAUCGCGGGCACCAUCGGUACUGGUCUCUUCCUGUCCUCGGGAACGGCGCUCGCGCAGGGUGGCGCCGUCGGCUGUUUCCUCGGAUACCUCAUCAUGGGCUUCUUCAUCGGUUGCAUGAUGUACUGUUUGGGCGAGCUGAUCUGCUUCAACCCCACGAUUGGAGGCUUCUCGGAGCUCGGACGCAAGUACGUCAACGAGUCGUUCGGCUUCAUGAUGGGCAUCACGUACGCGUUUACUGUUGGUCUCUCGGUGCCGUCCGAGCUCAGUGCCAUCGCCGUCCUCAUCGGGUACUGGGACAAGAACGAGAAGCACGCCGCGAUCUACAUCACCGUCUUCCUCUUCGUGACGUGGGGCUGCAACAUGCUCGGCGUCAAGUGGUACGGCGAGGUCGAGUUCAUCAUGGCGUGCAUUAAGAUUGGCAUGCUGAUCGUGCUCAUCAUCUUUGGUCUUGUCGCCGACCUCGGUGGUGUCAAGGGUGGCACGGGCUUCGUGGGCGGCAAGCACUGGCGCGAGGGGCCCUUCAACACCGAGUACCUCGGCGUGCACCCGCCAUCGACGGCCGCUUUCCUCGGUUGGUGGAGCACCAUGGUCAAGUGCGCAUUCUCGUUUGCGGGUAUCGAGGCGGUGGGCCUGCUCGCCGGCGAGGCCAAGAACCCGCGCAAGACGCUGCGCACCUCGAUUCGCACGACGUUCUACCGUAUCGGCGGCCUGUACAUCAUCUCAAUCAUCAUCCUCACCCUCAACAUUGGAUACAAGGACCCGGACCUCCUCCGCGCCAACGACGCCGGCGGCGACACGGCGGCGUCCUCGCCCUUUGUUCUCAUCGCCAAGCGUAACGGCAUUUCCGCGCUCGCUCACGUCGUCAACGCUGUCGUCGUCACCUCGGCCUGGUCGGCGGGCAACGAGAGUCUGUACGGCUUUGCGCGCUGUCUCAUGGGCAUGGCGCGCAACGGGUGCGGCCUCAAGUGUUUCCUCUGGACGACGAGUUGGGGUGUGCCCUGGGUUGGAGUGUCGCUUGGCGCUGCGUUUGGCCCCCUCGCCUACCUCUCGCUGAGCAACGGGUCAAACCAGGCGUUCGUGUGGCUGUCGAACCUGACUGCGCUGCUGAAGCUGGUAUGCUGGGCUGCGAUCUGCUUCUGCUUCGUGCGGUACAAGAAGGCAUGCGACCGCCAGGGCGUCAACAGGCGGCAGCUCGUGCUGCGCUCGUGGUGCCAGCCCGUGAUGGCGUGGAGCUGCAUUGUGUGCUUCCUGCUCGUCAUCUUCUUCAACGGCGUCAAGGCCUUCAUCCCCAAGUUCGACUAUGAGGACUUCCUCGCCGACUACAUCUCGAUCCCCUUUGUCGCCGUGUGCUGGGGCGGGUGGCAGCUGUAUCGCCGCGACCGGUGGAUUCCCAUCGACGAGAUCGACCUCAGCGGCGGCCCUGCCAAGGCCCUGUCGGCACGCGCUACGACACGUCGAGCGCGUACGACACUACCGUCGCUUAACAAUCGAUUCAUAGUUGUUGAGAUCUAG